AUGCAGAAUUUUCGCCACUUUUCCAACGUCCAACAUUCCCCAUUUGAUCCAGUGAUUGACGGUGGCCUCUACAUCGACCUGGAGAGUUUACCACCGGACACUCCAACAGUUACUUUAGAUGAUAAUUUUGCCGUAGAGCCAACUGGAACCAUUCAAAUUCCAGUCUUCAUUGUGGGUCCCAUGGUGGCUUUGAGUUGGAGGUGUGGAAGGCCAUUUUCAGACGAUAAAACCAACUUUAUUGACAGCCUCGAUUUUAGUCUGGUAUACGACCCGACACCAGAGAAUCCCGACUGCAAAGUCUGUCAAUUAGUAAGAUGGCUUUUGACGGAAUGUUCGUCCUAUGCAACCGCUGUGAAUACCAUGUAUUCCGAGGACCCAAUCAUAGUUUUUGAGGUUAUGCGAGAAAUAUGGAGUCGUUUCACCACCAAAGUUCUGCGCUUUUCGCAGCGACAUCUCCGAUACGCGAGGAGUAUAUCCUACCUUUUACUUCCACUAGAUCCUAAUUACAUAUCCCCCUUGGGUCUGGAUCAGCCAGCAGAAAACAUGGAAUGGCCUGAUCGUAUGGUGGCUUCAUUGGAAUGGACAAAUGGAUUCAUGUUUUUACUUCGCGAUGAUAUUGGCGAACGUGGCAUAUACAGCCACGUAGCGUGCUUCAUCUUCAUCCAUCUUAUCAAUUUUCUGCGCGCCCAUGUCGUACCUUUGAUACACCCGUUGUAUAAUGAUUUGCUUCCCCAAUUCCUAAUGCUACAUGCAAUCCGAGAUAGACCAACAGAAGUGAAUCGAGCAAUUGCAAAACUUACAAGAGCAGUCUUCCUUGUGCUUACGGAAUUUGACCCGGAUUGGCUUCCACAGGAAUACACAAUAACCACGCCACAGCGCAAAGAGGAGUGCUUCUGGUAUCGCCAUUUUUUGGGUCUCAUGGUGGAAAAUAUUUUUGCAAUGAACGUGUGCCAGGCAUUUUUUGCUGGCGUUCAAACUGAAGGUUUGUAUGUGCAUUUCGAAAAUUGUGCAGCAGAACCAGAGCACUGUCCGUGUCGCUUUGCUAGAUUUUUGGAAACAACAGCUUAG